GCUAUUCUUUGAGAAUCUAACCUGCCCGAAAAGCAUCUGACUACUUCAUAUUUCACCCUCACAGCUGCCCGUUCGUCCCCGCCGUCAAUUUUGCGGGCAGCUACAAACUUCCCAACUCUCAUUUUUCUCUUCUUCUUGAACUCCAUAAAUAUGCAAAAUCUCAUACUCUCACAAUUCCCACUUCUCCCACCACCACCAACAACCACCGCCGUACACGGUGGUGAAAAGGGUCCUCCAUAUAAAGUUGAGAGAUUUUUAUUAUAAUUAUUAUGGGUCAGGGACUUAGUUGUGGAACAAGUGAUGAACAUGGAUUAUUAUUCACUGCUGUUAAGUGUGGUGAUUUGGAAACUGUGAAGGUUUUGCUUGAGAGAAAUUCGAGUGUUGUUCAUCAUUCUACAGUUUAUGAUCAUCAAUCGGCGUUACAUAUUGCUGCUGCCAAUGGCCAGAUUGAGGUUGUUUCUAUGCUUAUAGACCAGUCAGUUAAUCCUGAUUUAUUGAAUCGGUAUAAGCAGACUCCAUUGAUGCUGGCAGCAAUGCACGGGAAGAUCACUUGUGUGCAAAAGCUUAUUGAAGCGGGGGCCAAUAUUUUGAUGUUUGAUUCGCUGAAUGGGAGAACAUGUUUGCACUAUGCUGCCUAUUAUGGGCACUUUGAUUGUCUCAAAACAAUUCUUUCUGCUGCUCGGACAUCUCACGUUGCGUCGUCCUGGGGAUAUGCCCGGUUUGUGAACGUUAAAGAUGGUAAGGGAGCAACACCUUUGCACUUAGCAGCCCGUCAAAGACGGCCUGAAUGUGUUCAUAUUUUACUAGACAAUGGUGCUUUGGUCUGUGCUUCAACUGGUCGAUACGGUUUCCCAGGCAGUACACCACUUCAUUUGGCUGCGAGAGCAGGUUCUCUUGAUUGCAUCCGCGAAUUGUUAGCCUGGGGAGGAGAUCGAUUACAAAGAGAUGAUUCAGGGAGAAUACCACACACAGUUGCUUUAAGACACAAAUAUGGUGCGUGUGCGGCUUUGCUGAAUCCUUCGUCUGCAGAGCCUCUUGUCUGGCCAUCGGCGAUGAAGUUCAUCAGUGAGCUGAAUGAAGAGGCCAGACAUUUUCUAGAAUGUGCCUUGAUGGAGGCUAACAAGGAGAGGGAAAAGAACAUCCUAAAAGAAACAGCUUAUUCGCUAUCUUCUCCUACCAAUUCUGAUAACGAAAUGGAUGACAACACCUCUGAGGUCAGUGAUACAGAAGUUUGUUGUAUAUGUUUCGAUCAAUUAUGCACGAUUCAGGUCCAGGACUGCGGGCACCAAAUGUGUGCACAUUGCAUACUGGCCUUGUGCUGUCAUAACAAGCCUAAUCCUACAACGACCAGUCCAAUCGCGCCUGUGUGCCCAUUCUGUCGUAGUAGCAUUGUACAAUUAGAUGUUAUCAAGCUUGAAAAAGAUGAUGGCACGAACCACGAUGUUUCCUCAUCAAAGCUUAGGAAGUCUAGGAGAUCAAGAAACUUCAGCGAGGGUAGUAGUAGUUUUAAGGGCUUAUCUGCAGUAAGCUCUUUUGGCAAAAUGGUUGAUCGUGGCUCGGGUAGGAUUGCUGCCCAAAACGAAUAUAUUGAUAAGCCAAUAACCCUUGACUGAUAGCAGAAUUUGGCAUCAAGAUUUUCAAGGACAUCCUAAAUGGUGUAUGUAUGUAGAUCUUUCUUCCUAUCUGCUUGAUAGGAAUGAUUAAUACGAAGUUAAAAUGAUUUGCGCAUUUGGAUCGGUCAGUAGUAUAUUGUUUGUGUGAGUGCAAGAAAAAAAGAAACUCACAAUAUUGCUUUAAAAUUGAGUUUACUCGUCCUUGAUCAAGGAUGGUGUUUAGGGCCUACUUGUAACUUGGAAUAGAAAAAAUUCUUUACAGUUGCCU